AUGUUAAGUGGAUUCUGGAUACAAGCAUUCCUCACUGUAGUCUGUGUAUUUCUUUUAUACACGCUUUCAAAGAUUAUAAGAUACCUCACUGGCGAUGCGAGGGUAUUGUCGUCACCAAACUCAGCUGGUUCAAACCGACGUCGACUUGGUCAUUUCGAAGAAAUUUUCGAUAUGCUUUCCCUGGAUAAAUCUGGUAACACAAAUAUAUGUGUGUCGAUAUCAACAACAUCAAAACAGAGCCUGGUAUACCAGCACGUAUACGACGCUCUGGUGCUGUUAUCCAAACGACAGCCGAUGCUUCGAGCAGUGAUAGCGACUAUGGCGAACGGAGAUAGAUAUUUCGAAAUCAAGGAAAUCAAUGAAGUGAUUACAAUGUUAGACAUUACUACCUCUGAUGUAAAUGCUUCUGACUGGCAAAGUGUUUGGUUUGAAUAUACAGUAAAACCGAGAGGAAAUGGUCUGUUAUGGCGAGUCGUAAUAUUACAAGAGGAAUUCAUGCAGGAUACUAAAGAUUAUGCAAAUACCUUAAUGUUUAACUUCAACCAUUCCUGUAUUGAUGGAGUGUGCUCUGUGAAGUUUUGCGAGCAAUUUCUUAAUUAUAUGAAUAAACUUGGAAACGGUACCAGCUCUGCUGACGAAGAAAUCUCGAGCCUAGAUCUGCUGCCAUAUUACCACGAAAUAGUCACACGAGGUCGCAUUUGGCAUUCAUUGUUUAAUUUUAUACUGGCUUAUUGUGGCCUAAAACCGGUCAUGAAAUUUUGCAUGGAAAAAAUGUUGUAUCGUGUUAUACAAAAGAGGCCGAAUAAUCCGUAUCAUGCACAGUUUCCUCGGAACUCAGAAAUUUCUACUGUCGUACCAUGUCGACUGAGUGUAAACGUUUUUACUGAAAAUAAAACGAAGGAUAUUAUACAAGCCUGCAAAGCGAAUGAUUGCACAGUGACAGGAGCUAUCGCAGCUGCAACCCAUUUAGCUUUUUGCAAGCUUAUAGGGCCGGAUAAAUCUAUGGAGUUAGGUUUGCCGUUUACCAUCGAAGCUCAACGCUUCUGUGUUCCGAAACCGCACAAAGACUAUCUUGGGUAUUUUGCGUAUUCGUGUGAAAAUAUUUACAUGAAAUAUGUGACUGGUAAUACGGCCGACUUCUGGAAAUUAGCCCAAGAAACUACGCAACAAAUAAAGGAUUUUGUUAAGAAAGAAGCAUAUGUAUCCGAAGCGACGGUCGUGAAUGGACUACUAGAACCAAGAAAACUAUUCGAUCUCUGGGUCAGUGAUGAUGUAUUUGUGAAAGGCGGCUGCAAUGUAAUGUCAAGUUUUGGAAGUUUCAAUUUCGGCAAUCAUCAGCCUGAGCCGUAUGUACUGCACGAAUGUUUUAUUAAUGUUCUUGCUCAUGGUUUGCCUUAUACAUUUUGCCAUUUUAUCCACACUAUUAAUGGUAAAAUGACAUGGCAAAUUGUCAGUAAUGAUGCAGUUCAUACUAAGCAUAUGGAGAAAUUUGCUAAUCUUUGCUUCAAUAUACUGAGUAAAAUGUCACAAAAUGUAGCCUAA